CAUGCUUAGAGCGAUUCUCCUUGUCGUAUGCAUUCUGCUGGAAGUGCAGGCAAAAGAAGGCACACAAGACUUCAUUGAUAAAUACAACAAAUAUAACACAGUCUGUAAAGGAAUGGGGUAUCAGAAUAGGAACUGUUCAGGAAAAGAUAAAGAAAGCAUCGCUUUUCACGCACUUUUAUCGAAAACACAGGAAAACCUUCGUGCAAACACUGUUGUUGUUUAUGGGAAAGUAACACAAAACUCUGGAAAUUCCUAUAACGCCAACACUGGUAAAUUUACAGCGCCUAAAGAUGGUCUCUACUCAUUUAUGUGGACCAAUGUAACAAAGGGUGGAAAACACUUCCAUACUCAGAUUGUUCUGAACGGUAACGUUAUGGGUUAUAAUCAUGUCAAUGGCAUAUCAGGCAGUUCUCACUGGGCGUCCGGAUCUUCAUCAGCUGUUAUAAAAAUGAAGAAGAAAGACGAAGUCUGGAUAAGAACAGUUGGUACAGACGGAGAAUACGCUUAUGCUCACUGGUCAUCAUUCACUGGAUUUAAAUUGUAACA